AUGUCCACCGUGCAAGCCUUCUACUGUGACCACUUCGUCCUGCCACUGCCAUCCGGGCACCGAUUUCCGAUGGCCAAAUACCGCCUGCUGCGCGAGGUCCUGCUGCGCCGCCAAGUGCUGCGGCCCGAGCAGCUGCAGGUGCCAUUGCCGGUGAGCGAUCAGGAGAUCCUACGGGCGCACACAACGGACUACUUCGAGCGUGCCCGAGACGGUCGCUUGGGGCGUCGCGAGCAGCGCCGGAUCGGUUUUCCCUGGUCGCCUGAGUUGCUGGAGCGCUCGCGGCGCUCGGCUGGUGGCACUUUGGCGGCGGCGCGGGCGGCGCUGGCCGAAGGCACUGCGGUCAACCUGGCCGGCGGGACCCACCAUGCAUUUGCCGACCGCGGCGAAGGGUUCUGUGUCUUCAACGACACCGCGAUCGCGUUUCGCGCUGUGGCUGCCGAAGGGCUGGCAGGGCGGGCCUUGGUGGUCGAUUGCGACGUGCAUCAAGGCAAUGGCACGGCGUCGAUCUUCGCCGGUGACUCGGCGGUCUUUACCCUUUCGCUGCACGGUCGCAAGAACUAUCCCUUUGCCAAGGAGCAGAGCGAUCUAGAUGUCGAACUCGACGACGGCACCGGCGAUGCCGAGUACCUGGAGCGCUUGACCGCCGCACUCGAGCAAGCGUUCGACGCCGCGCAACCCGAGUUGGUGUUCUAUCUCGCCGGCGCCGAUCCGUUUGCCGGCGACAAGUUGGGCCGGCUGGCGUUGUCGAAAGACGGCUUGCGGCGUCGCGAUCAGCAUGUCGUCGGCAGUUGUCGCCAGCUCGGACUACCGGUGGUGGUGACCAUGGCCGGCGGCUACGCCGAGCGGGUGGAGGACAUUGUCGACAUCCAUUGCGAAACCGUCCGCAUCGCGGCGAACCAUGGCUCUGGCUAG